GAGGGCGGCUGGGGCUGGCUGGUCAUGCUGGCCGCCAUGUGGUGCAACGGGACCGUGUUCGGCGUCCAGAACGCCAACGGGGUCCUCUACGUGGCCAUGCUGGAAACCUUCCGCACCCCGGACCACAGCUCCCUCACCUUCAAGGCAGCCUGGGUGGGCUCCCUAUCCAUGGGAAUGAUUUUCUUCUGCUGUCCUAUAGUCAGUAUAUUCACGGACUUAUUUGGGUGUCGCACAACGGCUAUUGUGGGGGCCGCAGUGGGCUUCAUUGGACUCUUCUGUAGUUCUUUUGUGAGCUCUGUCGAACCCAUGUAUUUCACCUAUGGAAUUAUCUUUGCCUGUGGCUGUUCAUUUGCGUACCAGCCCUCUUUGGUCAUUUUGGGACACUAUUUCAAGAAGCGCCUUGGAUUGGUGAACGGUAUUGUCACUGCAGGCAGCAGCGUCUUCACUAUCUUGCUUCCUUUCCUUUUAAAAAUACUGAUUGCUAAAUUGAAGCUGUAUAAUACCUUUCGAGUCCUGAGUGUCUUCAUGUUCAUUCUCAUCCUGGCUGGCUUUACCUACAGACCCCUUGUUUCCGAUGCCAAAGACAAAGUCAAGAACAGUGGGAAGAAGGGGUCAAGAUUCUCCUUUUUUUCCAGGAAGCAAUCCACUCCUUCAAAACAGGUUUUCAAUUUCUCCAUCUUCAAGGUUCCAGCAUAUGUCAUUUGGGCUUUGGGAAUCCCAGUUGCACUUUUUGGAUACUUUGUGCCUUAUGUUCAUUUGAUGAAUUACGUAAAAGAGAAGUUUGUGGCAGAAACCAAUAAAGAGGUGCUUCUCAUGUGCAUUGGCAUCACUUCAGGAGUUGGAAGAUUAAUCUUUGGUAGAAUCGUAGAUUAUGUUCCUGGUGUCAAGAAAGUUUAUUUACAGGUGAUCUCGUUCUUCUUCAUCGGUCUGAUGUCCAUGAUGAUCCCACUCUGCCAAGCAUUUGAGGCUCUCAUCGGUGUCUGCCUUUUCAUGGGUCUCUUUGACGGCUGCUUCAUUUCAAUCAUGGCUCCCAUUGCCUUUGAGUUAGUUGGUGCGCAGGACGUCUCCCAGGCCAUAGGAUUUCUGCUGGGAUUUAUGUCCAUACCCAUGACCGUGGGGCCUCCAGUUGCAGGGUUUCUGCGCGAAAGAACAGGCUCCUAUGAUGUCGCAUUCUACCUCGCUGGAGUUCCUCCCCUCAUUGGAGGAAUUGUGCUCUUCUUUGUUCCGUGGAUCCAUGAAAAGAAGAAAGCCUCCAAUGCGAAGAAAACGGAGAAGAUGCUGGACCACCAGAGUACUUUGCUUCCCAGCUUCUCAGAAGUCAUCAAGAGAGAGUCUGACUCGGUUAUUUAA